AUGGAUCUGUUUGAAUUCGACUUUUUCAGGGACUGGGAGCUGGAACAACCAUGUCAUCUGGAGUCAGAGCGCAGCGCCCUGAAGAGGAGAGAGUGGGAGAGGAGGAAUCAGGAGGUCCAACAGGAUGAAGACCUGUUCUCAACUGGAUUCAACCUGUUUGGAGAACCUUAUAAAACUAAUAAAGGUGAUGCAUUGGCCAGCCGCGUCCAGAACACGCUGGGCUCCUACGAAGAAAUGAAAGACCUGUUAACCAGCCAUUCCAACCAGAGCCACUUGGUGGGUAUCCCCAAAGGCAGCAGUACAAACAACAACCUGCAAACCCCGACCACUUCAGCGACAGAAAGACCCACCAUGGACUCUCAGCUUUUCAAUGAAACGUUAAGAGGAGGAGUAGGUGGUGGUGGAGGAGGAGUAGAGGCUGGUGGGGAUAAAAGGACAGGGAACGCGACUUCUUCCUCAUCAACCUCCAUGCAACCUCCUGCUACGACCACGUCAUCAUCAAGCACGUCAACAAAUCCACAUCAGAAUUCAAAGAAGUCCAGAAACUCCAUGGACUGGUCUAGGGGAGGCCACGGACAGAGCUCCCAAGGAACAGGCCUUGUUUUGGGGUUGGGACAAAGUGGCCAGGGGCAGGCUACAGGAUCCACCGGUGGCAGGGGAAAAAUAUCUUUAUUAGAGGAACAACAAAUGCAAAGACACGAAGAACUGUUCAGCUCACUAAAAGAUGAACUAGGUCUAAAAGGGGAUUCAAGCCCUUGUUCUUCCUCAUCCUCUUCUUCAUCCUCUUCAUCUUCUUCGAGAAGGCACUCUUCCCACCCAGCCAAAGCCCUUCCUCUCACAGAUGGUGGCAAUUUUCGGUCUUCCACCAUGGACGGUGGCCACUUUAAGUCUUCCACUAACACAGAAGCCGGAGGACAUUUUAAAUCCUCCCCGUUUGAAAAUGAAACAGGUUCUCACUUCUCGAUGUCCUCAUCCCCGCUGGCUUCCACAUCGGUUGUGACGACCCCCACUCCUGGUCUGACCACUCCCACAUCCGGACUAACUACCCCCACCUUCCCUCCUGGUAGCCUAUCAGGGAAGCCGGUCGCAAUUCAGCAGAAGCCGACAGCGUAUGUACGACCAAUGGACGGCCAGGACCAGGCGCCUAGUGACUCUCCCCAGCUUAAACCCCCUCUAGUGGCCACGGAAGGAUUUAACAACAGUCAGGCUUACGGAGGAAACUCUGGAAAUGUGAAGAGUAAACUGCCAAAACUGACACUGAGCCACACAGGGGAGGUCAGCCUUCCAAAUGACUCCAGCUGUGUUGAAGAGAUUUUGCGGGAGAUGACACAUUCCUGGCCUCCUCCUCUCACAGCCAUACACACUCCUGGGAAGGCUGAUCAGACAAAGUUCCCCAUCCCAAACAAGGAGUCACAGCAUGUGACCUCAGGCUACAACUCCCAGAAGCGAUGUAGUGUAUCAGCUAACAAGCCUGCUGUUAAACCACCAACUGCACCACAGAAGUCGAUGCUGGAGGACGACCUGAAGAUCAGCAGCGACGAGGAAGAGGCCGAACAACAGGUGUCUGACAAGCCCAAAGCAAGAGGCACAGCCCUGAGUGGUGCAUCGGGAAACAGCAGCAGUGAAUCAGAGAGCAGCUCAGAGUCGGACACAGACGAAUCAGGGAGCAGCUCCAGUGACAGCGAAUACAACCGGGCCUCACGCACACACACGCCAGAGCCCGAGCCCCCGUCCACCAACAAGUGGCAGCUGGACAGCUGGUUGAACAAAGUCCAAGCUCAAACCAAACCUCUGGUUCCCCCUCAGCCAGAACAUCAUGGCACAGUCUCUGUCAACCAGGGUCCAGAGACUCUCUCUCCCGGGAGUGAAGCACCAGGAGUGGGUACAGCUGCAAAGGCCAAGGCCUGUGGAUCCAUCAGCACCCCGGUUCCAGCUGCACCAACAGUGGAGCACAAGGAUACAAGAGGAGCCUUCUGCCCGGGCAGAGAGAAGGCCAAGGCUAAGCUCAGCCAGAAGGCCUCAGGAGAGGGCCAGAGGUCCAAGAUGAGGCUGUCACCGGCCCUGCUGUCUGGACCAGAGGUCACGACCCCGAGGAGGAUCACCACAGGAAAAAAACAGCCCCGACGGACAGAGAGGUCAAACAGUGCAGAGGAUAAUCAGAGCCAGACAUGGAGCAGAGCAAACCAGCACAGCAGCCCUGCAGCGAGAGAGAAGGACCUGUUGCCGUCCCCCUCCCUGGAGCAUCAGAACCCCCCAAGGCCACGCGGCAAACCCCCCAGUGGGAAAACCGCCCCCAGGAAAGAGCCUCGCGGUGGUGCCAACUCCAACAACAACACAGUGACUCCACCAGCAGUGCCACAGCAAACACCUGUGCCCAUACCUGCCGUCAGUGUAAACCAGGAUAAGAGGAAACACCGAGGGCCGAGCACCAAAAUCACACCCAAGUCCCGGGAAUUUAUCGAAACAGAUUCCUCCUCCUCCUCCUCAGAAUGCCAUUCAGAGUCGGAGGAAGCCAUGAAAGUCCCCGCUCUGCCCCAGACAACACGCCCUGCCAUCAACACGCAGACUCUGUCCAGCACGCACAUGCACACGCCUCUCCUCCCAUGCCUUGGCCCUGCUGCCAGUUUGGGGAGUCUGGGGACAUUUGGAGGGAAAGGGCUGCGAGUCAAAGACAGUAGCAAUGUGACCACUAAUGGUAGCAGCAGUAGUAAUAGUAGCAUCAGCAGUGGAAACAAUGGCAGCAGUAAUAGCUGUAACUCUCUUAGCAUUAGCAACAUAAGUGGUUCCUUUGGUCCUUCUGUUCCUGAUCCUGGAGGGUCAGGAGGACAGUGUAAGGACCUGGAGUCCAUGUCACCACCUUCCAACACGGGACACGAGGUGCCAAUUUCCCCCCUUAGGGAGUACCAGGAGAUCCAGAGUUUAUGGGUGAAAAUCGAGCUAAGUUUGCUCAGCAGGGUGCCCGGCGGCCAGGACUUGGGUGAAAGAUCCCGGGUGGGACUCACAGAAAGGGACGGGAGUGAGGGGAGGGACAGGCAGGGGGAGAGGACAGGUGUGCCAGAGAGAGAGAGACAGAAGCAGGAGGACAGAGAGUGGCCAGGCCUGAGAGAGAGACAGAGGGUAACUAAAGGGGAGAGACAGGAGGACGAAAGUGAGCGAUUGCUGCAGGACAGAGAGAGGCAAGGUGACAGAGACAGAUUAACAGAGAGAGAGAGGCAGACGGAUAGAGAGGACAGAGAAAGAUUAGGGCUUGGGGAGAGGGAAAGGACGACUGCGAGGGACAGAGAGAAAGCAUGCCUGGGUCUGGGGGUCCUGGACAACCCCCCUGUGCAAGAGCAGAGUAAUCCCCGGCUGGCUGGGAGGACAGAGAGAGGAGAGAACGAAGGUAAACACAGGAGACAAGCAGCUGGGAGCACGAUGGUCCCAACAGAGAAACACGCCAGCAAGAACAAAAGGAAACACAAGUCUGACCACACUGAGUCAUCAGUCAACGGCAACAAGAAGCUGCGACUGGACAAAGACUGUCAGCUCCUCCCACCCUGCAUCUCUCCAAUACACAACCACAAGAACAGCUCGACAGAAAUUUCUCUGAACAGGAAGCAGUCUCGGCGGCGCAACGAGAAGCUGCUUCCCCCCCUCCUGUCGCCCCUCUCCGACGAUCCCCCACGUAAACGAACCUGUGACAGCAGUUCCUCUCUCAGCCAGGAGGUCGGCGCCUCAGGGAUUCCGCCCUGCUCUACGACAUCCACCUCCUCCUCUUCCUCCUCAUCUCACAGGCACAGGAGAGGUGAAGGCAAGGUGUCGUCACAUACGAGAAAUGGCAGCAUUCCAAUGCCGUGCCUACAACAGGAAAUGGAUCCCCCGAGCGAGAAGCCCUGUGGAGAUGGUUACCAUGCCAACGGACAGUCGGACUCGGAGGUGUGGUCUGAACCACUGACGGAAGCUGCAGAACCUCGCAGGCCAAAGCUGUCGUUCAGUGACGUAGUCCACAGUGCAGACUACUACAUGCAGGAGGCAAAGAGGCUGAAGCACAAAGCUGAUGCUCUGAUGGACAAAUUUGGCAAAGCAGUGAACUACGCAGACGGUGCCCUCUCCUUCAUAGAGUGUGGAAAUGCUAUGGAGCGAGAUCCACUAGAGGCUAAAUCACCUUAUACCAUGUACUCAGAAACUGUGGAGCUCAUCAGGUACGCCAUGAGGUUGAAGAACUUCAGCAGCCAUUCAGCUACAGUUGCUGAGAGGAAACUCGCUGUUUUGUGUAACCGCUGUCUGUCUCUGCUGUAUCUGAGGAUGUUCCAUCUGAAGAAAGACCACGCUGUCAAGUACUCGCGGUCGCUCAUGGAGUACUUCAAGAAUUCAGCCAAGAGUUCCCACCAAGCUCCUUCUCCGUGGAGGACCAAUGGAAAGGUCAAUGGGACUCCGUCUCCACUCUCACUCAGCUCGUCCCCAGCCAGCAGCGGAGGGGGAGGAUCUGGAAGUGCCCCAAGUUCACUGGGCAGUGUGGCUAUUCCCCAACGGAUUCACCAAAUGGCUGCCAGUCAUGUUAACAUCACCAACAACAUCCUGCGGAGCUAUGAACACUGGGAGACGGCUGACAGACUGGCCACUGGUAGCCAAGAUUUCUUCCAGGAGCUGGACACGGUCAUGGAGCCACUGAGUCAGCAGAGCAGCAUGACUGAGCUGGUCCGACACAUCAGGCAGGGACUGCACUGGCUCCGCAUAGAGGCUCGUCUGCUGUAG